UUUUUUUUCUUGAUAAUUUUAGAGUUCAAAUAAACACCACUAAGUUGAGAUUUGGAAAAUUCUGACAAGAAAGCUGUAAUUUCCCCCCCCCUCUGUACAGAAACACGUGCAUUCAGGCUCAUGUUGUUUAUGCAGGAGAGAUCAAGCCGGGGCUGGUUUUCUGUUACUGCAAACACUCGGCCGUGGAGCCUCUUUUUGCCACCCCACCCAUCCCAGCUUCCUUCCCCUAAAUGAGAGCUUUUCUUUCUCCCCUCGGCAUAAAGUCCACACGGACACCUUGUAGACUUCCCAUUUUAGACAAAAAUCUUAUUUUCCCUUUUUUUUCUACUCGCUGCUUGAUUUUUUGUGUGGAAAAUCCCAGUAAAAGCUACUGAUAAAUGUCCUUCUACCAUUCACGUGACCACAAAGGAUAUGAAGUCAGUAUACUAAGACCUAACUUAUACAAUAGCUGUGCAUUAUGUUUAGCUUCUGUCUUGGAGAAAACUGUACAAUUUUAGGCUGAUAAUUCGACUUUGAUAUCUUCAUUAUUUUUUUUGGUGCAUAAGAUGUCUGGUUCAUAAGUACUCUCUGUUUUUUUUAAUGGUAUGAUCUAAUUUCUACAAGCUUAUUUUGGACUGCUCUUUACCAUGUAACAAAUAAGCAAAAGCCUGUUAAUUUCCAGCCCAGCUGGGGAGCAGGAAAGGAACAAUUCACCAAUUGCUAACUGAAAAUGCAGAAAGGCGAGCAGGGAGAACGUGCAAUGAUUUGUCAGACCCCGAGGACCUUGCUGGGCGUCUAAGAGUUAGAUAAUAGACCAGUGGGGAAGAUCUCACUCUUAAUAUUUUCAUGUUCUGGCUUCUGUAUUUAGUACAAAGGUAAGAUGCCGGCGCGUUCAGACUGUACCCUGCAGUGACUGCCUGUCACAUCCCACUCUCAGGAAAGAGAGGGGGGUCAGUGACUUCAGAUUCAUAAAUCCCCAACGGCACAGACUGAGGUGAGAGCAAUCUCGAGGUCCGUAGACAAACGUUUAUUAGUUUCUCAAAAUAAUUAGUGUAAUUCUUAAUAAGUCUGCGGUAAUUGGUUAGGCAUAUAACAAAUUAUGGCAAGCGGUGAGGUGUGUAUUGUGUUACUGAGCAUGGUACUUGUGCAACAACUGAUGGCAAGUGGUACUUAAGGUUGUGACUUAACAACUCUGACUGUUCCUUAACAACUCUGGGAGAAAAAGAGAAACUGAGGGAUAGAGGAGAAGACAGAGAUAAAGCCAUCACCAGUCCUGGUUCCAGCAUUUUUUCAGGGAAUCUUGGCACACGUAAUCUUCUUCCUUCUUGGUAAAAAUCUCCCCAGGCACAGGGGUGGUCUUUGUUCUCUCUUAGGGGAUGCUUAUUUUCCCCUGUUAUGUUUGCUGAAUUAGCACAGCCCACCCCUUGCUAAGGACAGCCCCCUCUCGGGUUUGUCCCUUCUCUCAGGUGAGGUGUAGCAGGAUUUGGGCGGAGGGAGGAGAACCAUGGUCAUGUCUCUGCUCACACCAGGCACGAGCCUGGAAAGCUGGUGGGGCUUUGAUCCAAGUUUGAAUUUGAUGCUGGAGGUGUCUGAGGUUCUGUUUUGAGCACGUUUCACCAGGUACUUCCCAACUUCUCGUUUCACUGCCGGGACAGUGCUUGGUCCUCUCCGUUUCUCCAGCUUUGGCCAAGAGCAGAAUGGUUUACAAGGAGAGCUGAACUGCCAGAGACAGCCAGAAAGCAAAGACAUCUUUACUAGGAAAAUCUGAGUCUGAAAUUUAAGACAAAGCCACUUGUGUCACCUUUUCAGAGCAUAAAGAACUGACACUGGGGGUGUUUAUGUACUUUAUUACAACACCUUUUUCUGGAUGAAAGCCGUGAAGUAUUUCAUCCUCAACUUUUUUAAAAAAAAAAAAGAAAUCCUAAUGAAAUUCUUCUGUCCUUUGACAACGAGCAGGAGUGGUCCCCUUUUAAAACGCUUUGUCCUUUUCCUGAGUCUCUGUGAUUUGAAAGGAAUCUCCUGAUUUCUUUGGGGAGGGAUGGAGUGGCAGGGGGGGCUGUAGGAGGUAGUGUCCAUGUGGUUCAAACUGGAGGAGGACAGCGGCCUUGCCCGGCAGAGGUGACUCUCCUGGAAAAGACCUACCAUGUUUUAACAGGCAGUUCCACCAGCGGAGACCACACGUGGCUACAAACCCACCUCUGUAAGUAUUACACCCAGAAAACAAGGGUGCCACGGAGCUGCUCUGGCUCCCUUUCAGAGCCUUUGAGCCUCCAAAAGAUUGAGGCCCUUGUUUUCUUGGCUGUGCCCACCCUGGGAAGACCACCACCAUCACCACCACCACUGCUGCCCUGCGCGCCCAGGAGCCAGCACAGCCCUCCAGUCGCCUGCUGGUUUUUGGGGUUAGCCCUCCCAAUUCCAGGAGCAUCCCCAUGUCCUCUGGAAAGGGCUGGCCAACAACCGCUGGUGUGUGUGUGUGUGUGCUCGGCUGCCUAUGGGGUUUUAGGCAGAGAUUUUUAGAGGGUGGAGCUGCCUUCAGGAGGAGGAGGAGGAGGUGUGCUCCAGAAGCCACAGAGAGAGAGUCUCUGCUGGGCUUUGCACUCUUUCCAUCCACUUGCUGUUGUGAAGGAAUUUUUUGUAUUUUUUUUUUUUUAAUUUUUUUACCUGACUGGACAAAGUUUGUUGUGUUGGGUUUUUUUUGUUUUUUCCACUGUCCCAGUGCCAUUUCCGAGUUGUUUCCUACUUUGGAAGAGUUUUAAGAAUUCCUGCCGAGGCUUUUCCUGAGGGAAGCCAUGCCCUGCCACCGAGUCCUCCUCCGCCUGCUCCUGCUGACGCUCUGCAGCAUCCUGCUCCCUGCUGCGCUGGCAGAGUACCCGCAGGGGCCGGUCCCCACCCUCUGGAACGAGCCACCGGAGCUGGCCUCCGGAGGUGGCCCCUUCGACGCUGCCACCACCACGGCCCGGCUCUCGGAUGCCACCGCCUUCCCCCCGUACACCCCCGAGCUGGAGCCCGAGGACACCACCCACCUGCACCGGCUGGACGCCGGGGACGGCUCGCUGGGGCCCGGAGCUAUCGGUGCCAUUGUCAUCGCCUCCCUCCUGGGUACCUCUGUGCUCGUGGCCUUGGUCGUCAUCACGCUGAGAAAGUUCUCUGCCUCCUGAACGCAAUAAAAGAUACUUCUGGUACCACAAACAGCCCCGUCUCCUGCCCUCCACUGCUCCCGUGCCACCCCCCGGCAUGUGGCAAAGGCCACCCCAGCCAAGCUGCACCCC